GAACCAAAUGGCAACUAAACCAUGGAGGAAAAUUUUAUAUGAAGACCAAGGCUACCCCGAUAACUACACAGAUAAAUUAUUCCUAUGGAACCUGAAACGUGCCGAAAAAUACAAACCAACAACCCUAAUAGAUGCUAUCAAAGGCUCUCUGCAUCUAACAGAAGAACUGUGCACAGUCACACUCUUCAUACUGAUCUACAUGUUCAUCUACAACGAAUGGCUGCCGAACGAUACAAUAUUCCACUCAAUGAAUACACUAACAAUCCUUAUAUUCCUGGUGCAUAGAUUCAGUGACAAAAGAGAUCUAAGAAUCAAAAUUGGAAAUGAUGUAAGAACAUUGCUGAUAUUCUUUGUGUUUGGACAGUUGUUCUCUCCCCUGCUGCAUACUUUAACAGAUACUAUUAGUACAAACACCAUUUAUACAAUGUCUACCAUGAUGAUGUUAAUUCAUCUGAUAUUUUUUGAUUAUGGUGUGCCAAUUGCUUUGGUUUCCAAUAGUUUUUCCCUGAGUGCUGCUGUGUUUGCCUCAAUUUGUCUGGCAUCACGACUUGCAUCGCCAAAAGAUGCGUUUAUACUAAUAACAAUUGCCAUUGAAAUGUUUGUGUUGUUUCCAUUAUUGAGGAAGAAGUUUCAGCAGACAAUCAUCAUGUCAGUAUUAUUGAUAGUCAUUAAUUAUGGUGUUCUAUUACAUGUAUCCUUAUUGUUAACCAUUGAGUUUACAUGCCUUAUCAUUUUUAUAAACUUAAUUUGUCCAAUGUUGUACAUCCGGUAUCAACACUUCAAAGAUAACAUCUACGGGCCGUGGGAUGAGGCGAUUGUCCAGGAAGCAGAUCACAUUAAUGAUUUGUUAUUAAAGAAGACUUCCUAGUUAUUUUAAAAAUUCAUUGACAAAACAGUGUAUUAGUUCAUUAUAUCUAUAGUUUAUUAUAAAAAAAACUUGUAAAGUUAUUACCAAAAUGUUUGUAAUAAAAAUACCUUAUCGCACAGGGACGAAUUGAAUAA